CCAACCAUGCGUGUUUGAAUUGCAGGUUUGGGUCGCUUCCCAUCUGCCCGGCCUAAAUCACACACUCACACGUUGACAGGAGGAAGAAAACGCGGUGUCCCGGAGAGAAACCGGCGUGCUCCUGCUGCGUGCGGCUCAACCAGCCGUGUUUGUAUACGCCCAUCACGAGAACAUCGAUGGGCAGUCCGCCCAAGGAUAGGCUGGCAGAACUCGAGGAAAAGGUCAAUCUUAUUCUGAAUGGCAGCAUACCGGCCCGGGAGAGUGGCCCAGGGACAAAGGCAACACAACCUAGCAACUACCCGUCUAACGAUCCAUACCCCCAUGCAGCGGAGGUAGAGGAUGUGGCAACCCCCCAACCAUCUCCAUCGGCGAUUGCCAGAGCAAUCGAUCUCUAUGUGGAGCACUGCCACCGCCAACCGGUCUGGUGUUUUGACUUUGACGGGCCUGGGGAACCGGGAUCCCUUCCCGAGGAGCUGAUCUCUAGUCUAUUGGCCCUCACCUUGCGGUACUUGCAAGAGCCGGAUCAGGGACAGCACUACGCCGACAACGCCAAGACAAUAAUCAUGCUCCGCAUUGCGAAUGGGACCGUUGAGCUGGCCACGAUCGAAAGCUUGUGUCUGCUUUCCUACUCCUCCUUCAUAGAUGGGGAUAUGCAUGUGGGGCAAUUCUACCUUGGCCUGGCAUCUCAGCUCUGUCGUUCGGGCAUGCUGGAUGUCGCUGCCACUUAUUCAACUGAGGAUCCACAUAGCGAGCGCAAAAAAAGGCUCUUCUGGAGCCUGCAGUUGCUCGAGCAGUCAUACGGUCGACAGACAGGGCUUUUACGCAUCCCAACCGAGAUCUGGCGCCCGCCAUACUUUGCUGACGACGGAGACAAGGAACCUCCAAAGGAGGCCGUCCCUACCCCUCCGCCCCUACCACAAGACACGGUCGGAUGCUCUGAGCCGGACGAUACCGGCAUCUGGAGCAUGAGCAUCCAGUUCGGGUGGGUGUGGAGCAAGGUUAGAGGCUACGUGUCGGACUGUGCCAGCAGUAGGAUGAGGGAGCCUUGGAGGCAUGAGUCAAUGUACUCGGUGGUCCUCUCGGACCUCACGGAGAUCGAGAACCGGACCCCUCUCUGCCAUCGGUAUGACCACGUCCAGUUUUACGACCGCCACGGGGAGGAGCUCUCCCGCAAUCUCUCUUACUGGGUGCCCUGGUUGAAAUUACAAUUUAUGUACCAUGCCAUCCUCACGGUCCUCAACCAUCCGUUUCUGUACAUCAUGGCCUCUCGCCACAACACCAACCUAGCGAUCCCGAAUAGCUUUUGGCGACGGUCCUCGGAGCUUGUUGUACUGCAUGCGACAUGGAUCGUGCGCCUGAUCGACAUGGUUUUGGAGAAGGAGGUGCGACUGUCCGAUCCUUUCUUCGCCCACGUCGCCGCCAUUGCCGCCACGGUGCAACUGUACUACUGUUGUGCCGGGGAUCCCCGGCUGAAAUACAAAUCUCGGGUGGAUCUGGCCAAGUGCCGCGCAUUUUUGAAGACGUUCGCAACCACUUCCCGUGCUUGUGAAGGCUUGCACCGGAUUUUGAACCAAAUGAUGCGGGUCGCAGCCGGCUCAGAUGGCGUCAAUUACGAAACCUGGGUACCAUCCAAGAUCCAUUUGAGUAUACCUCUGAUGUGGGAUAUCUUGCAGUUUCACUGCACGGAUCAGUCGGCAGAGGGGAUAUCGGAUGGCCGUCUACUGCAUCCCUCAUUGGCCAUGGCCAUGGUUGAGCAAGGCUCGGAAGAAGCGUCGACACUGGAGGUGAUAGUCACCACAUCCCCCGAGGUCACGGUCAACACCGCAGAUGGGGGCCAGGCCGUUCCCCUGCCCUUGUACCCGACCCCGGCCAAGUCCAAAGGCAAUGCAGGGGGGAACGUCAUGGCUCGCGAUCGACUGGUUGCGCCCAUUGACAGUCUCAUGGUCAAUACACCCUGGCUGUGGACAGACGCGGCGCCUCUGGGAGACAUCGAUGGCUCCCUGGGAUACGACAGCACUGGGCCUGCAAUCGGGGAUGCGGAAUUUUCAUCUUGGUGGAAUCUGGGAAACCUGUGAGGCAGCCAGGUUGGAUGCAUGAUAGUUGCAGAAAUAGCGUUGAUUGCUUUGUCCUCCGCUGAUGAUAAGUCCGGACCGGGAGACGUCCAACCCCGCAUGCAGGGAUGGCCACCGAUGUCACCCUCGGCUUCCCCGCCUGUGCACCAUCAACCAUGUCAGCCCGCCCGCCACCCACGGUCGAGGGCUCCCCACGCGCUUGCUAUCUAGAGGUUCCCUAGCCUUGUCGAGCAUCUGUUGCCACCGUCAUCGCAGUCAUGGGACCCCGAGAGCGACUCACCGUCCUCAGAUGUGAAAUGUGAGGGGGUCCCGACCCCGGUCGCGCUUUCGGCACUAGGAGGGGGCCCAGACCCCCAGUAGAUGACCGCUCCUAUCUAUCUAUCUAUCUACUGUGCUAACACGACUUGGUGCUGUCCACCCGGCUAUCU